GGACGGCCGGGUUGGCGGGCCGUGUCGCCAGGGCUGCGGGCGGCGAUCGGCGCGGGCACCUGCCGUCCCCGCGCGGGGGCUGGCGCUGGAUGUGACCCACUCCCUCGGGAUGGCAUACUGACCCGUUCUGCGCGUCCUGCGAUCACGCCAGGAACGGGUUUCUGUGGGGAUGCCUGUGACCCGCCAGAAGUCAGACUCCUCCGGGAUGGACUCCGACACGUCCCCCGGCUGCAGGCUCAGGGCCGUGAGCAGGGAUGGGAGCCUGGAGAGUCGGAGCAGCGGUUCUCGGUCCAGAAGUUUCACGCUGGACGACGAGAGCCUGAAGCACCUCACCCACGAAGAAAAGGAUGUCAUCCUGUUUUUUGAAGAGACGAUCGAUUCCCUGGAGGAUGACUUUGGGGAGCCCGUCCUGUGCGAUGGUGACGACCGUUGCCACUCCUCCCGCUCUCUGGAAGAGAGCACGUCCAGUCCCUCCGAGCCCGAAGAUGUCAUCGAUUUAGUGCAGCCACCGCCUGCUGCCGGGAAAGCUGAGCAUCUUCCAGAUGGGACACGGGCAGCAGGGGCUGGACCUGCCAGGAAGGAAGGCGUUCCUGACCUUGACUGCGGGAGACCAGAUGCCAAGGAGGCUCCGGCGCCAGACCCCACGUCUCCAGAGCCCCUUCCUCCACCCCUGUCCCCGCCCGGCCCCUCGGCUCCAGCCCAGCCCCGGAGGGAGCUGCUCUCCCCUCCCCCCGCGGAGCACCCGAAACUGCCCCGGUCCAUUCCCACCCCCCUGGUGAUCGCUCAGAAGAUGUCUGAGAAGUUGGCCGGGAACGAAGCCCUGUCGCCUACAUCCCCGUCAAAGGAGGGCAGGUCUGGGGAGUGGAGGACGCUGACUUCUCCAGCCCCGCGGAACGGGGACCCCGUCCCGUGGCACAGACACACGGCGCCCCCUGCGCCCAAGGCCCACCGCUUCCCCAGCAACAUCAGCGUGACCAACAGCUCGGGCAAGGACUUCAGCAAGACCAUCUCCAAGGCGGCCGUCAGCGUGCAGGAGCGGAAAGCCCAGGUCUUGGCCAACAUCAAUGGCGUCUCUUUCCUCACGGCAGGAGACAGGGAAGAUCGGUCCCAGAGGAGUGACCUCACCGAGCAGAGGAAGAGCUUCUCUCCAGAGCAGGCGAUGUGUGACCAGGACAAGCCAGGCCUGGUCAAGGAAGCGGAAAGCCCGUGGGCAGCAGGGCAGGCCGGGGGUCGGCAGUCCAGGGCCGUGCAGACGGAGCCGUCCCCGGUGCUGGCCAACGGCUUCCGGACCGUCCACGACGUCCUGAAGAGCGAGCCCAGUCCCUUCGUGCCCACCGGAAAGACCAUCACCUUCCGUCCGGACCCGGCCCUGCCCGGCAAGCUCGCACGCCAGGGCGCCAGCAGGAGCUGCUAUGAGCCCCGGCCCCCGGACUGCGGCCAGGACGCCAGGAGGCGGUCGGGCUCUCUCCCCCGGGCAGGCGGGUUCCGGCCCCAGGGCAUCACCGUGCAGUUCUCCGGCCGCGGCUCCUCGGAGGAGGCCCGCCGCGAGGCCCUCAGGAAGCUGGGGCUGCUCAAGGAGAACUCGUGACGGAGCAGCACCUCCAGCCAGCCAGGGCCAGCAGCAUGGCAAGGGGGGCGAGAUAUGUUAGCAUUCACACAGGGCUGGUCUCAUCCCGCUAAUCCGGGAGCUGUUUGGCCUAAAAUGAAUGUAAAGAGCAGUCGCCUGGGUCCCCCUGCUGUGCCCCGUUGGGGAUGGAGCCGAAAGGCACCACCAGGCUCGUGGCCACUGGGCUGAGCGAGGGAGGAGAGAGUACUGCCCAGCCUACCCUGAGCAGAGAGACCUUUCCCAAAGAGAAUCUGGGCCCGUAUCUUGUCAUCUUUCUUUUUACAAAAACUCAGAGAGAGAAUAACCUUUAAAACUUGGCUGGGUGUGGUGGCUCAUGCCUGCCUGUAAUCCUAGCCCCCUGGGAGGCUGAGGCAGGAGGAUCACUUGAGGCCGGGAGUUGGAGGUCACCGUGGGCUAUGAUGCCGCCACUGCACUCUAGCCAGGGCAACAGAGUGAGUACUCUGUCUCAAAAAAAUAAAAAUAAAUAAAAUAAAACUUACAGGCUUCCCUGAUCUGUAAAUGCCACGUGGUUUCGGAUUUGGGAGGAAGGGGAUGGGGUCUGCGUUGUCAUUCUUUAAUCCAGCCUUUCAUCCUGAGUACGUGACGUGGCAGCCAGUUUAGGUCCCUUAUACUCAGGGUCUUCCCCGCCUUUUCUAAGAAAAUAAAAAAGAAAUGUUUGUUAAAUUUUAAUAGUGUCUUAAUACACUUUUUUGGUUUUUUGUUUUUGAAGGGUAUAAAGGAAGGUACUUCAGCCUUAGAUAUGCUUCUGUUUCUUGGUAUACUUUGGUUUGUUCUGUUUUUUAUAUUGAAAAUUGAAAUGAAACCUUUAGAGUAUGCUCUACUAUAAUUUUGAGUUGUGGGAGUGAAAUAGAAAGGUUGGGUUUGGGAAAGGUGGUAAUUUUGAGAGAGCAAGUCUCAGACUACAAGGUCAGAGUUACUGGGACGUGUGCACGAGCCUGUGUUGCAUGUAUAUAUGUACAUAGUAAAUGUCUGUAGAUACAUAUAUGUUAACAUUUAUACAUAGGUAGUAUGUGUGCACACGCGCAUUCGUUAUAAAUAUAAGCUUCCGGAAACCCUCCUGAGUAACUACAGAAUGCCGGCACUUCCUAUUCUCGGUAAGGUGAUGAUGAUACAAGAAACUGUUACUCUUCCUAGCUUGGAAAGUCUCUUAAGGACACAUCUCCACAAUAUUUUGGCGAACCAAAAGUACUUUUUUUCUCAACAGUGUGCUCCUCUGUUCCCAAUUAAAGUAAUAUUCCCUGCUUCCAAAUGAGCAAGAUAGCUCCUUUUUUAGGGAAGAACAUUUUAAAAGAUUAAUCUUCUUUAUCACCUGAUUUUAGUUUUGCAUGUUCAGGGUAGCCAGUAAACAGAAGAAAACAAAAGAUUCUUAAAGAUCUUUGAUUGGCUACGUCCCAUGCGCAAGAUCUCAGGAUUAAUUUAAAAGGAAAAAAACCAGUGAACUAGGCUACCCAGCAGGGAGAAAACUGGCUUCUCUCAGACUAUGUCUGACAUCUGACGUGCCGAGUCGUGCCCGCAAGCAUUAUUAUCAAAACUAUUUAAGGCUGGAAUCUUAAACCUCUAAAAAUAGACAGGAGGGGCUGCCCUGAGAAGCCACACCCUUGUAUUUGUGUUUCAGCCAGCCCCGGGGACAGUCUCUGUUUCUUUCCUGUUGAAUAUUCCGUAAAUUCAGACUUUUAAAUGUGCUGUGAUGGACAUUUUUCAGAGUAUUCAUUUUGCUUUGUAAGUUACGUAAAAUGAAUGAUGAUUUUUUUUCCAUAGAACUACAUACAGUAUUUGGUGUCUCCUCUAGCUCUUGUUCUCAUGAUUAAUAAUCGUCUCAUAGAUUCUUGAUGAUCCUAAUUUAAAUAGGUGCUUUAAUUUUACAGCUUUUAAAAGUAGUUACUUUUAAUUUUACUUCUGUUUAUGCUGGAUUUGUUUAAAUGAUUUAAGAGGGCUGUGUUUCCUUUUUAUAAAGUGAGAUGCCGUACAGUGUUUAAUAAAGGUCUCAACGUGACUAAUGUUUUAAAUAUUCUUUAUAGGUGAGGAUUGUUUCUUUUUAUCUUAUGAUUUCAUUGUGAGUAGGGUGAACUUGGCUGCAUAUUAGUAUAUUUGUUCUCAUAAUCACAUUUAUCAAAAAUAAAUUGAGAAGUUUUAUCUUCAUCAUAAGCAACUUUGUGGCAUUAUAUACUGUAUUCGCAAUUACUUUCUUUUAAAUUGUUAUAUCCUUUCUAUUUAUUCAUAGUUUCACCUAUUUAUUCAAAAUGAUACUGUUACUGUAGUCAUUCCUUGCACCCAAAACCCCAGUAAUUAAAGCCAUAUGUUUUGUAUGAAGUUCAGAUUAUAGCUGCUGAUGAACUAACCUGUAUGUUUAUGUAUCGUGUUAACAACAAAUCCGGUUUGCUGAAGGGCAUUAGUUUCCUUGCCGUAGCUAUGUGAUGUGAUGUUCUUAGAGGCCAUCUGGUUCAAGGUCAUUUGAAGGACCACACAUGUUUCAAAGCAAAAUUGGAAUGAAAAGGAAAGAUGAAUCCUAAGUGUCCAGGUUUUCCCUUUUUUCAAGUGAUGCUUGUAAAUCCAUCUCCAUGUUUAUGAAACUCUUGAUACUUAAAUCCCCCCCCAAAAAACUAUCCUUUGCUUAUAGGAAGGUGUGUCCAGAUGGCCAAAGCAGAGUCUGCUCUGCAAAUGGUGACACUUUGCAGUCACCAGUGUGACAGUAUUUGCUACGGUUCUCUCCUCUGCUUCAUCUCCUUCAGAAGUUGUGACCUUCGCUUCCCUCCUGCGAGGCUGGGUGAGAAGAGGCACGGGACAGGCACAGCGAUGCCUCGGGGAUGUUGUCCCUCUUGUGAGGGCUAUAAUAUCAUGUCCCCACUGCACUCAGAGCCACCAAGGACGGCUCCGAGCACAGGCGGCUCAGAGCGCGCGGCCCAGGGCACCUUCCUGGCCUGCCCAAGCCAACUUGAGGCCGUGUAGUGCCCUUGCCUCAGGGUUCCUGGUAGGUGUGGCUUCCACUGCAGGACGCCCACUGCAAAUGAGCUUCCAUGAAGAGCUAACUUCCACGGAGUUAGUAAGUGAGGCCUUAUGGAACCCUCAGGCUUGACCUUGUUAUUUAAAAAAUAAAUCAGAAAUGCAUUUUCUUUAAAUUCCCCACAACUCCAGCUGUGAGGAUGCCGAUCUUUCAGAGGAUUUGGUGGUGACGCCUUCUGUACAGGUGAUCUAAGCAAUCAGUUCCUUAAUGUUUAAUAAAGAGGAAGGGGGAGAGAGAAAUAAGGCGAAUAUGACAAGGAUUUGCUUUUACACGAAUGUGUGACUGCUAUGCGAUGUUUUCUCAGAGCCUGCGCGCAGAAUGGAGGCUUUGUUUCCCUGAGUGUGUUUUAUCGCUGUGACUCGGCAGGAUUAAUAAACUUUCUUCCCCCCUAAA